CCCCCCCUACUCUCUCUCUCUCUGCCCCUCACCCCCUCUUCCCCCUCGAGCUGGACAUCAACCCUGUUCCGCUCCUCCUUUACACUCGCCAAAGCCCCCCUGCUGCUCGGCCUCCGCUACCAGUCCCCGCGCUUGCCUUUCUGCUCCUUCCUGUCCACAAUGAGCACCCCCAAGUUGACCCUGGUCGGUUCGGACGACAUCCCGGUCGAGAUCGACCUCAAGGCUGCCCUCCUGUCGCGCACCCUGCGUGGCUACCUGAACGUCCUGCAGUCAUCCGGCCCCGACUCGGCCACCACGGUUUCUAGCUCGGCUACCGAGUUCAUCGAUGACUUCGACUUCGACACCAUUACUGCCCCCUCCGAGCCCUUCCCCGUCCCCGACGCCACCUCCCAGAUCCUCACCGCUGUGUCGCAGUUCUGCAGUCUUCAGAUUAACUCCCCCGAGAAGUUCCACGUCCGCCAUGCCUCCAAGACGCGCCCCUUCACUCGUGUCAACCCCGCCCUCAUCCCUGCCUGGUGCGAGAACUUCGCCAAGCAGUUCAAGAAGAAGGAGGAUCUGGACAAUCUGGUUGAUCUUAUCCGCGUCGCCAACUUCCUGGACAUUGCCCCCCUCCUGUCCUUCAGCCUGCAGCUCAUGGCCGACCACAUCCUCUACUUUGCCUCGAAUGACAAGCCCCAGAAGGAGAUGCUGGAGUUCUUCGGUCUGUGCGAUCCCAAUGACCCGCAGGUGAUUGCCGACUGCCAGCAGAAGGGCAUCAAGCCGCAGAAGCUUUGAGAUGCCAGGUUGCAAGCCGAGCUGCCGCGCGCAUGCGCAUGCCCAAACAGACACACACACACACACACAUACAC